ACUGUGGGCGCCAUAGUGAUUUUUGUUCUGUUUAAUUGCUUGAAGAAAUGCUUAGACAGGAUCAAAGGGCAGGAGGUUGGGACUUCUUUUGCGAGCUUUCACUUAGAGGACUGAGCUGUUCUAUUCCUGACCUCUUGCUGAAAGUUUUGCUCCUAAGAUGGGGACUGUAGCUGUAGGCAGCCAUAUUAUCUCAGGCUUCCAGCUUCCUCCCUGGCUCCUCCUGACUUUGCCUGAUACCUGCUUAUCUGGACUGCAGUAGCCCAGCUGUGAAGGCCAGCAGGGCAUCGUGUGCUUCUGUCUCAGCACAAACACUUCAUGUGUCCUCUCUUUUUGGUGUCCAGUUUGAAUGGUUAAAUGCUUGCUUGAAAUCAGAUGAUACUUCAAGUGAGAGCUGACAGGGCUCAGUCAUUGGGAGUUUCUGAACACUGGGCCAAGUUACUGUGGGCUCUGCACAAGACAAGUUAGGGGAUUCUGAUUCUAGGCUCUGGAGCAUCUAGAUUGGUGUCAAAAGAGGCCUUUGGACAGAUGUUUUUCUUUCCUGAAAUUCUCAGAGGAAAACACACAUAGGGACUGGAAACUUCUACACCAAGUCUUUUGGCCUUGCUCUGGGGUAUAGGAAGCUGUCUAAGGCUCCUGGUACCAUGGGCCUCGGGCCCUGAGGACACAGGGUUCCCUGUGGCCAUGACGACAGGUGACUGCUGCCACCUCCCAGGCUCCCUGUGUGACUGUUCUGGCAGCCCCGCCUUCUCUAAGGUGGUGGAGGCCUCAGGCCUUGGGCCACCCCAGUAUGUGGCACAGGUGACUUCAAGGGAUGGCCAGCUCCUCUCAGCCGUCAUCCGGGCCUUGGACACACCCAGUGACUGUCCCUUCUGCCGGAUCUGCCAUGAGGGAGCCAAUGGAGAAAGCUUGCUGUCCCCUUGUGGCUGCACUGGCACCCUGGGGGCUGUGCACAAGAGCUGCCUGGAGAAGUGGCUUUCUUCAUCCAACACCAGCUACUGCGAGCUGUGCCAUACGGAGUUUGCGGUGGAGAAGCGGCCCCGGCCUCUCACAGAGUGGCUGAGGGACCCAGGACCUCGUACAGAGAAACGGACACUGUGCUGUGACAUGGUGUGUUUUCUGUUCAUCACGCCUCUGGCUGCCAUCUCCGGCUGGCUGUGCCUGCGUGGGGCCCAGGACCACCUCCGCCUGCACAGCCGACUGGAGGCUGUGGGGCUCAUUGCACUCACUAUAGCCCUCUUCACCAUCUACGUCCUCUGGACCCUGGUCUCUUUCCGCUACCAUUGCCAGCUGUAUUCCGAGUGGAGGAGAACCAACCAGAAAGUUCGGCUAAAGAUCCGGGACACAGAUGGCUCUGAGAACUCACGCCACUCACCACUGGCUGCCGGACUCCUCAAAAAGAUGGCGGAGGAGACCCCUGUGUGAAAGCCAGGCUGGCAAGACCCUGCAGUGGUACAGAGACCAGAGUGACCUGGCAAUGCCUUGGCAUUUGGAAGGCUGGAAACUUCCUGACCCUUUUGCAUGGCCAGAAUGCUUUUCAGGCUGAAAACCACACCAGUUGGAGAUCCUGUGUGAAUAAUAUAUAU